AAGUCGAAUCUCAAAUGGCUACAACCAACCUUCACGAGUACACUAUCUAGGGAAUUUAAUUCUGCUUCUGUUGGCUGUAUGGCAGUACACUAUAUGUCAGAUUUGACGCUAUUUGAGAUCGAGCCUGGAAAUUCGCUUGCAACGGCAUAAUUAAAAAAACUUUGAGGAAUGUUUGAAUAAUAAUAAGUAUAAUGAGUAAACAGGAAUGGAUAAAUAAUAUGAUAUACUUUCAGGGGCGAUGUCGAGGAUAUUUGAUGAGGAGAGACCUGAAGUGUGUUCAGGCUGAAUAUGAGGACAUAGUGAAGGAAUUGGAGGGAGGUUUGGAGCACCUGAGUUGGAGAGGGCAGUUUCUACCCAAACCCCACUUCACUGAUGCUGACACAGAGAGCGCCUUUUUUAGAUAUCCUCGCCCAAAGAACCAGAUCCAGGAAUGUCCCGAGAACGUAGAGAAAGCGAAGAUGCAGGAUGAGGCACCUUGCCUUCACUCGGAGGUCCUGGUUCCCGAGAGGGAUGAGGUUGGAAGUUGUGGCCUGGAGAGAGACCAGAGAGAGACGUGCGCUCCAGCAGGGGGCGAUACACAGCAGGAGGGCUUGCAGAGCGACGAUGUAACUGACACGACUACUCUGGCUCUGAGAAUGAGUGCACUACAGCAGGCUCCUCCACUGAUGCUCAUCUUGUCGAAAAAUGUACCACACACUCCUGAAGCUCUGAAGCAGCACAGAAACACUCUGGCCAUGGAGCUGCUGUGGAUCCAACAGGCCAUCGCCAGCAGGAAGAAAUAUCUGACCUUGAAACAGAAGAUGGAAACGUCAUAGUGACUAAGGACCUGGAAGUGUGGGGGAAAAGUGGACACUUGAGUAUUUAGUGGCUUCACAAGUGAAGGUUUAAUUGGACAUGAAUGUGACCUCCUUUUUGACCUUCUUCUUCUUCUUGUCACCUUCUAAUUAUUUCUGCUGCGAAUGGAAAAAACAUCGAAGGAAGCAGUACAUAAAGAACUUAAGCGUAAAUUUUUUACCCGACUGUAAAUUUUGUGCUUGUUGAUUUUUUUGCCGGAAUUUGUAAUAAACUGUAUUUAUUUGAAGCAAA